ACGUCUCCCUUGGCGCGCACAGGAUACAGACGUGAUCAUCGUGACUGUAGAUACUUUCUCAUCAUUGUCUAUAUCUGUCGCACCUUCGCGUUGGACGUCGCCAGUAUGCGGACGAGGUAGCUCGACCCAGUGGCCCGUAAACCCCGCCUAUCGAAACGAGACAAGUGCCCCCUUUGCAGGAAGGCGCCGGCCGUGCGCGCGCGCGCCUCGUCCUCGUCCAAGCGCAUGCGCCCGUGGUUCAGCGCCGCGCCGCGGUUCCCGGCGAACGCGCGCGCCGAGCCGUGGUCGGACGCGGCAGCGUCGCGGCGCUCUCGAGCGGCGAAGCCACGCGAGGAGGCGGCGGCGGCGGCGGCGCCCAGCGUUGAGACGACGACGCGACCAGGCCGCCCAACGCGGGGCCGAUGAGCGGCGGUGGCUCGAGCCCGGGGCCCUGCUCUGGAGCCGGGCCCCCCGCGCUGCUUCCACCCUCACCCGCCGCGGCGAAGAAGACGGAGGCGGCGGCGGCACCUGUUGUCGCCGCUGCCGGCCACAGCCGCCGGCUGCUGCUGCUGUGCUGACGCCGCGCUCACGCGCCGCCGCGGCCGCCUGUUGCUUCUCGGCGGCGGCAGCAGCUGGAGGAGGCCUCGCCCGGCAGGCCACCCACUCGCGGCGCCCGACGACGCGGACCAUGCGCCCCUGCAACCGAGGGCUGACCCCGCUGCAGCUAGGCUUCUGCGCCAACCUGCUAUGGGUCGCCGUGCUGCUCACCGUGCCGCAGGACUCCGAACAAGGCGCGCACGAACGGCGGCUUCUCCAGGACCUGCUGGCCAACUACAACACCCUCGAGCGGCCCGUGCUCAACGAGUCGGAGCCGCUCAUCCUCAGCUUCGGGCUCACACUGCAGCAGAUCAUAGACGUCGACGAAAAGAAUCAACUAAUUAUUACAAAUAUCUGGUUAACAUUGGCGUGCCGGGAGUGCGGAACGUUCGCGAGUAUGCGUGCUGCCCAGAGCCGUACAUCGACAUCACGUACACUAUCCACAUCCGGCGGCGCACGCUCUACUACGGCUUCAACCUCAUCAUUCCCUGCGUGCUCAUCUCGUCCAUGACUCUGCUCGGUUUCACGCUGCCCCCCGACACCGGCGAGAGGCUCACCCUGGGUGUAACCAUUCUGCUGUCCCUGACGGUAUUCAUGCUCCAGCUCGCCGAGACCAUGCCUCCGACGUCCGAUGCCGUCUCCAUUAUAGGAACUUAUUUCGCCUGCAUCAUGAUCAUGGUCGCUUUUUCCGUGGUCAUGACUGUGGUGGUCCUGAACUAUCAUCACAGAAAUCAAGAGACGACCGAAAUGCCUGCUGUGAUCCGCACGGUGUUCCUGGUGUGGCUCCCGUGGCUUCUGCGCAUGGAGCCUCCAGGCCAAAAGGCGAACCGGCGCAACAUCUUCCUUAACAGCAAGAUGAAAGAGCUCGAGCUCAAGGAGCGCUCGUCGCGGAGUUUGCUGGCCAAUGUGUUGGACAUCGACGACGACUUCCGCACGGCCAACAGCGCAGCCGCCAGCGACUGCCACGCGGCUCGCACCCCAUUCCUCGGAGGAGGUGGCGCGGGCGGCGGGGCGUCCACGGUGCACGCCUGCGUCCACUCGUCGCGUGAACUGAACUUGAUCCUGCGUGAGCUGCGCUUCAUCACGAGCCGCAUGCGUAAGGACGAGCAAGAGCGGGAGGUCGUCGGCGAGUGGAAGUUCGCGGCCAUGGUGGUCGACCGCGUCUGCCUCAUCAUCUUCUCUGCGUUCACCAUCAUCUCCACCUGCGCCUGCCUCUUCUCGGCGCCUCAUCUGGUCGCCUAGCGCACCCUGCUUCGAGGACAGCACUACUACACUGCUGCUGAGGCUGCUACCUGCCUCCGCAGCUCAUUCUGCCGGUGGCCGGACGCACCGGUCUUCCUCUCGGCGACGAGUCUCUUCACGACCUCCUCCUGCACGAGCCCCCGGGUAUGGUGGGCUCGCGCAGGGGGAGAGACCUCUCGUGAAGGUUCCAGCUCACACCUUCGUCGCAACCUUUCCAACUUAAGUUGCAUUUUAAAAAGACCGGAUGUAAUGUCCAGUCGAGGUCCCCACGCCAUCGUGUGUGAAGAGGCGCAGCGCGAGAUAUGUAUGACGCGGCGACCUCUCGUACCACACGAUAUCUCCUUGUGGGGCAGAAGGACACGUCGAAGCGAAGGAGCUGUCGCUGGUUUUUGUUUCAGUCUUAGUGCCAAUCAUGAGCCGCCACCGGUAGGAAAGCAUUGGACUAUCUCGGAGGAACUGGUAGCACCGUCCGAAGCUGGUGCCUUGGCCUUCACUUCAUUACUAGGAUAAAACGCUGUGCAUGGCUGCCAAGCUGCUUCAAGGGUCAAGUAGACACACUAUCUCGCAACCGAACCACAACAAGAAGGGAUUAACGCACGAAGCUAUCCUGACAUGCUCUAUUUCCUAUAGGAACGUCACGUUCGUGGCAGGUGUGUCGAAACACGACACCGUAUGCCUUUCCGCCGUCAUAGGUCGGCUGGCCGGAGUAUGAAUAACCCACGCGUACCGCCCCGGCUUCCAAGAAAUUCCCCCUUAUCUCGUCGGUGAGUGGUGCCCGCAAGAGUAAAAAAAAAAUUGACAACUACACGUGUUUCGCUGCAUAAACUUGUGUGACCGCGUAUAUGCCAAAACAGAGACUAUCGUAGGACUGUGUGUUGUUUUUACAGUGUUCGUUGGCCUGCUGUGUUGUAUCAAAAUGUUGUUUUCAAAUGUCAAGAUGGACUUCUCUAAUCAUAGGCCAAUUGUUCCGUGUCUAGUCCCCUCACAGCGUGUACAGCGUCGCUCCAUUCGAGGGCCCGUAUGGGCAUCGCCAAACGGAGACUUGCGGCUUAUACCUUUGGCCGUGCUUCCACCGUCUACAAUAGGCGCAUGCCAGCUAUUGGCUAAGGCGUUGUAUUGUCACGCGGUGGGCCCUCACUGUGGACAUUCCGGUGCUUUGCAAAACCGCUCUUCGGUGAUUGCUAACAAGUCAUGAGCUUUCGUUUCUAAAAGCGUGAAACGCGCUGGAAAGCUGGACGCAUAGGCGGAAUGUUGAAGCAACCGCGCUACGGACAAAUGGCUGAAAGGUAAAAAGAAUGGUUAGCUUUCCAGCGUCGCGUAGGUUCUCGAACUGCACGUGUUUUUAUCAUCCACCUUGGCAGUUGGUGUUAUCUUGUUAAUCAUUUAAGCACUUAGGACAAAAAUAGCUCGUUUACAUUUUACUGAGAAAGAGUUAGUAAGACUGGAUGCAUCUAAAAUCUAAUCUUGCCACAAACCUCUCGGCCGGCUUCAAAUGAAAAUAUAUCCGUUUUGAGUGCACUAUCUUGGUAGGUCGUAGAAUAAGCUUGCACUGAUCCUGAUGGCACGCUCAGUUAUGGCUGCCCUUACUCUGACAAAUUAUGCAGCGACAUGCUAGCAACAUCACUGUACGUAAUUUUUUUUUGUUUUUGUUAUUGGCUUGUAUCUCUUAGACGUUGGAAACGGUAGAACUUUGUGCUUACAUAAUCCCAAAACUAGCCAUAAUAAUACAGUUUGACGGGGCUUUCGAUAUAAGCACGUUUUAUUUUGUGCAAUAUUAAGAGGCACGUUGAAUAAAUGCAACCGAUAUUUAUGAGCUUCAACAAUAUUUCUCCCCCGGAAUCGUUUUGUACCAACUGUUCUCAGUGCACAGCGCAAUUAAUCCAAACUGUUUAGGCUACACUCUUAUCCGGCGACAUCGUGACAUGUGUCAGUGCCGUCAUAUUUCAGUCUGCCGUCUCGUUCAACGUCCAAGGCCAUUAGUCUGCGAGGAUACUGAGCCAUUUGCUAGGAUACGCAAUGACACGUACUUGAGCUUGCGAUGUCGCUUUUCUGCUUCUUGAGUGUUCGAUAAGGAAUGCCUGCUCUGACCUAGCUUCGGUCCACUGGUCACGCUCGCGUUUCCGAGAGUCCGUAUAUAGAAAAAAAUGAGCCAAAUUAGACCCGCCAUGUUUGAAGGGUGGUGGCACAUCGCGUGAUAUAGCUGGGUCAAAGAAUCCGGAUCGCCACUAUGAGUUGUACGAAAAAAUAAAUUAUCCCGGUCAAACCGAACGCAACGCCAGUGGUGGAGCAGAACAAACCGUACACCAUCCUUCUAUUUCGUAUAUCGAAACUGUACCGUACAGAUUGACUAGGAAGAUUGUGUAUUUAUGCAGGGCUAUACCGCGAAUACCAAUCAACCUUAAUUAACAGAGGCCUUCCAAGAACUUUCGGCGUAUGUUUAUUCUGCUAUUGGCCCCUCCAUGCUAAACUUAUAGGCUGACGACUUGAAAGAAACUAACUUGUUUAAAUAAGGAAAAAAGGUCACCUGAGUACAAGCUAACGCUAGUGUUGGGAAUCUCACGUUAACAAAAUAGACGCAAUAAUAGAACGUCAGUGUUUCCAGGAGGAGCGGAUUUUAUGUAACUAAAUGCUCCUAUAAUUUGUGGGCGGCGUCAUUGAAACGAAAUGCCAUGUAUGAGACAUAAUAAAAGACAUAAUAAAAGAGGAAUCCGAAGUAAUUCUAAAAAAGAUAAAUAUUGGAAUACUUUCCAAAAAAAGAAAGCUUUAAAAAACAUGGAAGACGGCGUUUGACGAAGGCACAAUCAAGUCGGCCAUGAGAUCUUUGUGUGCGUCGCGGUUUGCUCGUUCCUACAUGCGUCCUCAUCCAAUUCAAUAUUAAUCUCAUUAGCCAAAGACUUCACCUUGCAAACUCAAACUUCUUGUGCUUGGUCGAGGUAUAUUCUAACUUGAUAUUGCUUCCAAUUUGAACGCUCCGUGAAAGAGCUGAGUCAGAGCUUCACAGGGUUUUGAUGGUUUCGAAAGCUUUCGCUACCAAAAGCUGAGUAUGCCAAAGAGCUACCAGCGAAAGUUGAAGUCGGUAUUAGUAUUUUUAUGACCUUAAAGGUCUGCAUGCAGGCUAUGCUGUACGAUUCCUAUUUCAAGGCUACCUUGAGAGCGCCGGUUGGACACUUCACCGAACCAGUAGUUUCCUGGCGUGAAUGUCUGUUUCACCGAGGAGCACUUUCUUUAGCUUACGUUCAGCGUUGAUUACUCGAAGACGACUGCUAAUCACAUAGAAUGCUGCUUUUGUUAUUCGCAAAUGAGUAAACUCUUAAACUUGCGUAAAUCAUGCAGCGGCAGUGGCGAAUCACUGCUGCCACUACGAUCAAUACGUCGCUGUAAAAACAAAAGUGCAAUGUCAAAGAACAGGCAUAUUGUAAAAUUCACGCUCUAACAUGCAUGUUGCUGUAAAUGCUGUAAAGUUUUCGCUGCCAUGAAGGAUCAUCAUUGAGCAAGGAAAUAACCCUGUUUAACAAGCCUCUAUGAUAGUCUGUACAUUUCAUUAUUGACAUUCCGCCGUGACCUGCCGCCGUGAACGUCUUGCUAACUUCGUGGUCGUGCUCCCGUUGAAACUUGGGUAACCUUGAAACCACUGUAAUUGGUCCGCAUAACCGAGGCUCAAUAGACACACGUUGCACCCACGUCUCCUCCACGACACACACAGCGCUUGGUGCAUGAUACCGCUCCUUAUAUUCACUGCUCACUACUCCAGCGAAUCAUUUACACGGCCGCUAACGGCUAUCUCCGAUGAUGGCGGUAGCCGUUAUGCAGAACUAGGCCUCUGCUUGCUAGCAUGCUGUCUUGUGUCACCGAGGUCUCUGCCGUGCGGCCGACACCGGGGCCACUAAAUUGCUCCGGUUUCAAGGUGACUCGCUAUUGGGCAGGAGGUCGCUUAAGAAUGAACACAGCGUCCACAGGAGAGUUAUAAAUUGCGCAUAGUACACGCAGGAACCCUAAGUGACAACACAUGAUCACGUUUCUGUGGGCUGACAUCAAUGCUUCUGUGAUACAACGUUGUGUUCUUCCACAUGUGCGUCUCAUAAACAACGUUUGUAAUCGUUUUCACGCACUUCGUCUAGGAAAUAAUUUGCGCCCGCGUCACAUGUGAGCUAGUCUGUCGAUGUCCUUCUGGUGCGUGCUUCAUGUUCAUUCGCCCCCCCCCCCCCCCUCCCCUCCGCGAAUUCUAGUCACGAGACUUUUUAUCAAAAUGCAGACAACCAAACUGCGGCGCGACAUGGCUACGUCACGCUCGUGUGAAUAUCACGCGCUUCCCUCAUUUGCUGCGCAAUGGCAUCUGGUCAGUGCUCAGCCCGCAAUUUUGCAGGCUAUGGCCAUGCAUUGCUCAUGCCGGCAGUGUAGGUUCUGCCACCUUUGCGGUGCAUUGCAGUGUUUGUAUUUACUCCCGCCUCCUUGAGCGAAAUUAUCUUCCCAGUCCUGACUGCCCGAUACCAGACAUACGGACGUCGUUUCGAUGUGCGAAAGACAGUUUCGCUUCGCGUGAUUUUGUUCAACGUUUUCUGUGAAGCGUCGGUCCGGUCUUUUUCUUUUUUUUUUUUUUGGCUGUGGCUAAAGCUCAUCUCUUCCUCGUCAUCAAGUCGGAGACCAAGACAUUGUAGACUACGAAAUGGUUGAAGUCGGGUGCUGUACAUAUGUAGAGUGGCUCUGUAACUCUAGCAUAUACAUAUAUAUGAACGUUGAGCCGGAUUCUGAGGAUAUCUAUAUGUAGCCCAAUCCUUUAAACACUCCAGUUGACACUUCUUGUUACGACAUGUUUGUUAGAAGCACUGUUCUUUCUUCUCAACUCUCGCACCUCUGUGUAACACGUGCGGACGCUCGUUGGCAGCAAUUUCUCCAAGGUUUCACGACGCACCAAGCGUAUGUGAAUACGCGCGGCAGGGCUUGUUUUCGAAUGCACUGAGCUGGAAGCAAUUUUUACUUUUUCUCAGCAAAUUAAAAGAUGGCGCGAAGACUCUCAGGCGGAUAUUUCUCCAGAGGAUAUUUCUAACUACACACUAAAGCUCGCAGAGAGCACAAACAGUGGCACCGAUUAAGCAGCCAACCAAGGCAAUGCAACAGCAGAAGGCACGACGUGCGGAUGUCCUCGAAAGUCAAGCCAGGCAUUUGGACAGGGAUCAUUACUUUCCGUUUCCGUUAGAGUUAGCAUGGCACGUUACUACGGACCCGGUUUUAGCUGACAUGUUGUGUCGUUUCUGUUGAUUUACUGUAUGGCCAAGGGGGAUUUACGGUGUGAACGAAAGAAGCGACUCUUGCAGUUAGCAACUUCUGUUCAGUGAGCGUCGCAUCGAUCCUUCCAGGUACUGCCCGUGUUCCUGUCUGUAUAUCAUCCGCAUUUUGUUUUUCUUUUCUUUUCUUUCUCUCCCUCUUUUAUGUCGCUUAGAUCAGCCUCGGGCCUCUACGUAUUUUCCCUGUCGUCUAUAGACCAUUUAUUUUCCUUCUGCGGAUUUUGCCAUCUAAGAACACUGGGCUUUUAACAUGCAAGUCAUCUUAUGUGCAGCACUAAACAAGCUCGACCAAUCUUAUCCCAGUCUUUCUGCCAUUUAUUCUUUCUUUUUCUUCAUCUCGCCUGGAACUUCUGAUACCAGCCAUUUUUACGUAAUUUUCAUAUGAUUCCAUCUUAUAAUUUAAAAUCUUUCCGUGUCCCCGGUGUCUUUCCUGCAUUGUAAACUGAUUGACAUCCUUAAGGGUCAUUUAAGGUGCAACUUAGCCCAUAACUCACACCCUUACAGUUGUAGGAGUGUGAGUUACACCCUUACACCCAUAAGUGUGUAGAUACAGUAAAGCGCGCUUAAGAGUUCAAAUCGGUUUACAGUGUAACUGCCCUACCUUUCGUCUCACUCUCCUCACCUAAAUUUAUCCGAUUUUCUAUGAAGAGCUAUCUUUCGCAAGCAAAAUUAAUGCUGUAUCAGGCCCUUUCCCAGUCAUUAUAUCAAAUAACGAAUGGCCUCUUUUGUUUCUUAGAAGCGGUGCAACAGUCAUUACAUUCCGUCAUCGUGCAAAACCAGAAACGAGCGUAAGAGUUCCUUGGUCAAAGAAAUUUGCCUUUAUUUCAAAACCAAAACCAUUUCAAAGGUCAAAGCCGUUUGCCAAAACCACUUUGCAACCAGUAAACUUUCAGAUACUCUGGAAGAAAUUGCACAACAAAAUCUGAAAAAGUCAAUUUGCAGAGCUUACAACGAUCACGACAAACUCCUCAUGUUCUUCUUGGAAGUUCACCGUUUAAAAGUCCAGGUGUUAUUGCCUUUCAUGUCGACGGCCCAGUGUUCGCAGACGGUGGGGUCCGCCGAGCUUCCCGGUAACAGUCUGCAACCGCAUUAACGUGUGUCCCCGUAUUUUUGGAAAGCUAACACAAAAGCUCAAUGGAGUCGCGCUGCGCUGACAAAGCGGCGCAGGCAGUGGCCUCGCUCUCCUUUGGCGGCUGUUGUCAGCCCGCUAGAGACGACCUCGGUACGCCUCACCUCGCCGAUGCGUAAGGGACAGACCGCGGGAUCUCGUGGUGCUCGCGUCUUUGCGCGGUUCUCGCUCGUUUCCACUUCCGGACGCGGGAGCUUGCGCAUUAGUUAGCGACGACCACGCAGCAGGCAAAGAAGAAAAAAAAAAUCGUGGCACAGCACAUGCCUGUUUGCAUCCCCACACUCCUCAGUGGUCACUGCGCUGAAGCAAUCACGUGACAGCACAAAAAGUCAUCGUGCCAUUUCCACUGCACUUGACAGUAAAGCCCGUCGCGUACGAAAUGAAGUUACCAUUCCUCGCGCCGUUUAUAUAUAUAUACUAGAAUAAGCAAGGCAUUUUAGCACUAGUAUUCGGGGUCCCACUUUGUAAAGAUCCAAUACUCGCUCCAUGCUUCUAACCAUCCAUAGCAAGUCGCUUCCAAGGCCGCUAUUUUGUAGCGAUGCCUUUAAAGUAAUAAUACCUUUUCGCGCUUAUCGCGCUUUGUCAGUGGUCAGAGCGACGCUCCACUCACGAUAUCAACGUUGAUAACGCGAGCGGACCGUCACUCUGACCACUGACAAAGCGCGAUAAGCGCGAAAAGGCAUUAUGACAUUAAAGGCAUCGCUACAAAAUACCGGCCCAAGAAGUGCAUUUCAGAUAAAAUAAACACAAGGUGCACUUAUGUGAUGCACAUACGCUUGUGGGGUGGGGGCGCCGACGAACAGGGGGUAGUAACUAAGGAGAAACGGGAACUUAAACGACAGAAAGGGGAAAUAGCACCGUUGUCACGAUUAUCUUGAAAGUUUCCGCCACUAUUAAGUUAGCGUCACAAAGAUCCUCUGAAGCGAUUCAGUGACAAAACGAUUUUUUGAGAGAACCUAGCAUCGACGUGUGCCGAUCGGUCACGUCGUCUGUCCCUUUCCGAGCGUACUUCUCUUUCUUGCCGAGGCGUGCCCCGUGCGUCCAUGGUGGGCCGGUAACCGGUGGCUGAAACCUCGGGGAGCAACGAGCCACCGCGACAGGCGUGCACCUAGGCACCUGGAGUACAAACCCCGCUCUCGAUGUCGCCGGGCGUCGUCGUGCACAGCGAUCCCUUCUCCCCGUCCCCCGUAUGCCCCUGCACAGUAAACAUAAUUCCACCCCUAAUGUUGCUAAAUUGUCCCAUGGCUGACGCCUUUCACCCGUAAGGCCAUAAAAAAAAUUACUGUUCAUGACAGUGAGCUACCACACACGACGGCGAACGAGUUUUAACAUGAUAGCUUUGAAAGUUCAUUUCAUGCAGUCUUCGUGUCGUCUGUUUACUGUUUCAUGCAGUUUUCAGUGUCUUUUAAUCUCGUGUCUUCAUUGUUACUUUCCCCCACAAAUUGCUAUAAAAAAAUAAAACUUCAUGUGUUUCCGUCAAUGAUUCGAAUGGCUUUAGCCAUGGGACAAACCGGAACUCUUAAGGGUGCAGAAAUGUUUGCUGAGUACCUUCCAGCGUUCACCGCAAUCCCGUCAAAUGCGCGCACCGUGGACACGCCAGCUACAUGGAGCGUCAUCCCACGCGUCAAGCUCACGUCAUGGCGCCUAGCGUCGCCAUGCGUCUUACGUCGACACGAAGAAAGCAUUUACCAUUUGUUGUAGCUAUGGACUUAGAAAAGGAUAACAUUGUUCGCUGCCGAAGAAACAUUUGAUUAGCUGUGCCGAGACGUACACACAUGUGACGUCGUAAUGACGCACGAAUAAACGCUCCGUGUGGUUGGGACUUAUGUGUGAAAUCCUCCGUGAAUGCCGUAUCUAAUCGCAGUUAUUGAAAAGGACAACCCUCUCCCUGUAUGAAAAUAUCGAACUGCGGAAAAGCAGUUGUCGACAGGAUAGAAGACAUGGAACACAUAGCAGUGCGUUCGGCACUUUCCAAUCCUGUUAUAGCGUGUUCUUCGUUCCCUGACCUAUCGUCAUGUCCACUGCCUACGACGAUUGGCUGGAAGACACAUGCCACGUGACAGUGUCUUUUGCGUAUUGAGUCGCGUCACCGUACGUAAUGUUCGUUUUACCCUGUCCUGGCUCCCCUGCACGCUGAUCCUUACACAAAAUGAGCAAGCAACCAGCACAUUCGCAAGCUUCCCUUAACUGUCCCUGCCGAGUGAUUGAAAAUUUUCCGGAUAUUUGCGAUGGUGUCUCCUUUUCUGUCAGAUACGAGCCUAGUUUGAUGUUCGGUGUGGCGUGCGUUUCGAUGUGGAAUCUGAAUGGUCUCCCCUGAAGGGUGUGUGUUUAUGUGCGAAUUUUCCAGCGCCUGUAAUAGAAUGUGAUGUGAGAAGUUGCCUAUGGCUAUGUUAUCCACCUAAAGGUUCCGAGGUUGACCAAAGCGUAAUUAUUAUUAUUAUUAUUAUUAUUAUUAUUAUUAUUAUUAUUAUUAUUAUUAUUAUUAUUAUUAUUAUUAUUAUUAUUAUUAUUAUUAUUAUUAUUUGUUAACGUCACUUCAGGUCAUGUACGAAAUAUAGCGUGCCGAUUUCUUUUCAAGUGCAUUCUUUUUCUAUAGGCGUUCUUUCCACGUGUGUUUAAUAGACAUGUCAUUCCGAGGAAGCACAUUUGCUAACUUUUGACGUUUGAGUUCAUUGUUUUUUUUUUGUGUGUUAAAAUUUAGGAUAACAAAUUCGGAAGGUCGUCGACGAUUCCUAAUUAGCCCCACCACGCAUACGAAGACCCUAAGUAAAAGCGGCUGAUGCUUGCACGGAGGCUUCUAAUUAAACCUGUUUCCUUGUUUUAUUUUUCGGGACAAGUAGCUUUAAGAUGUCAAGCGCUUUUCGUACAAGACUAUAUGGUGGAAAGCUCGUUAAAAUCAGAUGUUCGGUAGUUUGCUGAUUUGCACACUUUACUCAGGACCACUGCAACGAUUGACUUGCCGACAUCCACUUCUUUCUUUUUUUUUUUUUUUUUGCUUUUUCUGCAUGUUCUUAGCGCCUUUGUAGCAGAUCAGUGAAACGAGUACCGCAAGAACGAUUACGCGUAGAACAGGCAUUUGGAAGUGCCUACCUUUUAUGUGACACAUCUGACAGCAGUGAAAGAAUCUAUUAGGAUUAGCAAAAUAGCAGCAUCUGGUUAAAGGUGACAUAAGUGGUACUCAAAUCAAGAGAGUCGCGCCGUUAAAGCACGAGUUACAUUUUUAAACGAACGAAUAUGUAAGUCAUAGUAGUAACCGUUCACAAAUAUUUACACCAAUAAUCUCUUUGAAUAGAGUGCUAUAGUAUUAUCAUUUAUUCGACAUAUAGUUCACAAACUUUGAGCGUGAGAUGCAGCCAACUCUAUAGCUGCGGCGUGCGAAUCAGAAUGCUUCAAAGACGGUUAAACCGUUCCCGCGUAAUAAUUCACACUCAUAAGACAGAGAAUAGCGUGUAACACUUUGUCCAUCUAAACUCAAUGUCACAGAUAUAUUUCUUUGCGAAGCCACAUCGCUAUUACCAUCUGGCUUCAAAUAAAAAGUAAGUUGUACUGUUUUCAAUCAAAUCAGGGACGGGCAUUUGACAAGGACAGACCGCACCAGAUGCAAGUUUCGGGACCCACAAAUGCAAUCGCUUUUCUGUCACUUUUUGUCUCAUGGCCGCCAGUUGGAGGGGACGUAUUCGGAUAGCAAGUAGAAAGCAUAUUAGGCGCCUUCAUUCGUGCCAUCUGACUUCAAUAACGUAUGCUAAUGAUGCGAGAAAAAAAAUACCUCUUCGAGACCAUUCUGAUGUCGACUGCCCUCUUUAGGACCUUUUCUUAUUAUUAUUAUCAUGCUUGUUUAUUAAAUGUAUCGAUUAUCGUCGCCGCAGUGGACAAUCAUGUCCGGGUGUCCACCGUUUGUUGCUCCAUCCCUCUACCCUCGUUAUUCAGUGAAUUCCCGUUCGUUCUACCGAAAAGAAACAACGGAACACAAAACUGCGACACUUGUCCGUCUGCUGCCAUUGUUUGUUUAGAGCUGUCAGCUCAGUUUAACGCUUUCAAGGCUAUGAAAGCAAGAAAAGAAGAAACGAAAAUAAAUAAAUGCGCAGCGUCCUGUUUGCACGCCUCCGGUUUCCCUAAUGAUUCCUCUUCAUACAAGGCUGCCUAUGUCGUCCUUCUUCAAACCAUUGUGUCUCCCGGCGCGGUUGCCAUGGUUUCCCAUUUUAUCCACCGCGCCCUCGCGCACUUGCGAGCGCUGUUCUUCCAUGUAAUGAGUGGAUGUUUAUUUUUUUUUUUUUCGCUGGCAAUACAAUGGCACGAUAGGGUCGCGCAGCCGCACAAUCUCCAGCGACUGCGCGAACAUAUUGUUGAGGUGAGUGGAGGAGUGAGUGGCAUGAAAGAGUCAAAGAAGCCUGAGAAAGCUGUGCCAAAGCGGCGGUGUUGCAGCGCUCCAACUUUCGGUGAUGCAGAGAGAGCGUGCGUUAUUAGCGUGUGCUGCGUAAAGUGAAAUCCUUUCGGCGCAAGUUAUACCGCUGAUGUCGCUGCAUCGGCUGGCCUAUACCAGAGUGUACUAGAAUGACGUAACAUAGCGGUUAAUAAAAUAGUUGAUUUUAUUGCAACACGACAGACAGUGCGUGUUGUGGAUUUCUUUAUUUGCCUGUGAACUUCAGUUUCGAAUGUUUGUCAGUUUUUUUUUUUUUUUCGAGGGAAAGGCACGUGACCCUGAGAUUAUGUUUUCUCAAUGCGUCGGAUGAUGGUGCUGGUUGCAGGAGUCAACCAUCGCGGUUACUUCACUGCAAUUGCGCUCCAAACGAGGCGCGAAAAAUUAUGGAAAACUUACUCUGAAGUGGGAACUGUCACCGUAAGUUGUUCGAUUCGGAAAACGAACGAGUGUGACGCUGGUGGUGCCUGCCCUUUGAGUGAGGCCAAUACCACCCGUGGUGUGUAAUAGACGAGCUUCAAUGUACUUCCUACCGGCCGAGCUUCCUCCUCAGAGAGUUUUGACGGGAAUUCCGGGCGCAGGCUUCGUCUCCAGGCGUAUCACUCCUGAAGAAAGCCGAUCACCAGGCCGGGAUACACAUGGGCCCACUUGAACCAGUGGGUGCCCAGCGGCGGUGGGAAUCAAACCCACAACCUCCCGCAGCCGAUGUGUUUCGGUCAGUAAAGCUUGCUGUGUGUCGGUCAAGUAAAGAAGUUAGCCAACUAGCGCAAACUGCUGGAUUUAUUUACAAGCACAAAUAGGCGGCUUCUUCUUCUGUUUCUUGUUUGCCACAACAGGUUUAAGAUAAAUUCGAAUGAAGUGACAUAACUGGCCAAUUUAAUAGUUUCGAGUUUCGGUGUGCUGUCGUUUCCUUCUCCAAAUGGGUGAAACGGGCUCUCCCAGCGCAGUAUGCCCGUGCGACAGUGACACUCUUAGCUGUACCACACAAAAGUAGGGCUCCCUGCGCGUUUUCGCGAGACAAUUGUAUCGUGGUCCUUUCAAUAUCACCCUAUUUAAGUAUACGAGCACUGACGUUGAAUAUCAUGAUAGAAUGAUGUCCACUGACAGGCAGGCGCUGCUGCGUGAUGGCGCUGCGUCUAACUAUCCAUCUAACUUGCGGCGUAGAGCUAGACCCUUGGGGCCAAGACUAAACAUUUUCGAAACCUAGGUAAGAUUUCCUUAGAAGGAAGGUUUGAAAAACCAUAGCGAGUCAUAUCACAAUCCUCACAACUUCCUCUUGAAAAUUCACUUGUAGGUAAGCAGUUUCGCUAGUUCAACUUCGCGAUUCGAUUGAGAGGGAGGAUCCCGCCACGAGAAUGUCUUUUAUUGAAAGCACUACGCUGAGAUGUGGUUUUACAUUUCAUGAAUGUGUACUUAAGGCCGAUGACGAGCUUUAGGGGUUCCUCGUGUACGGUUUCGAGUUUCCCAAGUGAAGAUUGCAGUUAACUGAGUGUAAGAGAUGAAUAGCGUGAUGUAAUACUGUGUGAGAAUGCCAGAGCAGGAAGCGGUGACGUUGCAAGAGUGCGUGAACCGCUGAACUCGGACCAGGAAAUUCGCCAGCAUAAUAAAAAAAAGACAUUCCCUUUAGUUGUCUCUUAUUAUUUGUGUAUGUACUAUGUACACAGUGCUCACCCAGCGCGAGUUCUUGCCUGAAGAACGUACGUGUGCGCGCGCGCGCCUGUGUCUGUGUGUGUGUGUGUGCGUGUUAGACAAAUUAUUUUCUCCCUUGUUCGAAACGCGCUGUACCUUGGCUUCAUGUACGCUUGCUGUGUGUCGGAAGCGUGACGAGAAAAUGGCGGAAUAAAAAAGAAUCAUGUUUCGUUUUCACAUGUG